CCGGUGAAUGAUGUUUUUAGGGUUUUUGUUCUUUUAAGAGUGUCGUCUUCAGUUCACUGCUUCGGUUCCUCUUUUUCUUUGCUCUCUUGCUUUUUGACUUCAGAGAGAGAGAGACUCUACUAUGUCUCUGGUAGCGAACGAGGAAUUCCAGCACAUUCUUCGUGUUCUGAACACGAAUGUCGAUGGAAAGCAGAAUAUCAUGUUUGCCCUUACCUCCAUCAAAGGUAUUGGUCGCCGUUUCGCCAACAUAGUUUGCAAAAAAGCCGAUGUCGACAUGAACAAAAGAGCCGGUGAACUAACAGCUGCUGAACUUGAUCAGCUGAUGGUGGUUGUGGCAAAUCCACGCCAAUUCAAGAUUCCUGACUGGUUCCUCAACAGGAAGAAGGAUUACAAGGAUGGCAAAUACUCGCAGGUUGUGUCCAAUGCAUUGGACAUGAAACUCAGGGAUGAUCUGGAGCGUUUGAAGAAGAUAAGAAACCACCGAGGUCUGCGUCACUACUGGGGUCUUCGAGUUCGUGGACAGCAUACCAAGACCACAGGACGCAGGGGCAAGACUGUUGGUGUCUCUAAGAAGCGUUAGGUUUGGUGUCCUUCAAGUUUUCAUUCUUCAGCCUGAAGUUUUGCGGUCUUGGUUCUCCUUUGUGAUUUUCUUGGUUAGAGAUUCACAAUGUCUAGAUGUCUUUUAUGCCUUUUUUACUUUGUCUCUCUUGUUUGGGAAAAUUUUACAUUUUACUCUGCUUCAUUUUGCUACUAUGAAAUCAUUCUCUUAUAUUUUAAAAGUUCAUUAUUUAUUUCCAUGGUAUUGCAAUUAUUCAGUCUCUUUAAUGUCUUCAUGAUGUUACAAAAUGUUUAUGCAU